CCGAGAGGGGUGAAAAGUGAAUUUUUGCAGCGCUGCUUUGUUUUUUCCAUGAGAAUCGCAACAAACAAGAGCAGUAAAUGUGAGUGUUAAAUGUAAAAAGCCAAGGAAAAGCGGCAAUAAAUGUAGAUGGAGUAUUGCUCGAAACGGAGGAUCAGACGGACGAGCGAAUUUUGUGAAACAGUGUGAGAAUAAAAUCAAGUGUACCGUUGCGGGGAGAAAAAAAGUUGCGUCGCGAAAUCAUUUCUCGACGUCGCGUAAGCUUUCUCGGCGUGAUAGCAAAGAUAAAAGUCUGUAGGCGCGUGUGUAUGCGCGAGUGUCUGUGUUGUGUAGAGCACCGUCCCAAAAAAAUUGGACCCCCCCGCCUCUUCCCUACCUUGACCAAAAUGCCAAUGAUCAAUUGCUCGUUUGCCGUUCAGAAAAAUUGCAUAAACGCUCCUUACCAUCGUUGAGUCGGUGAGUCUGUCGGUGACGUAAAACUUUCAGAUUUCGCACCAUUGUGUUUCUUUAAAUUCAUGAAUAUUAAAAUUAUCAAGAAAACAAAAUAAUACAAAUGAGGUUAUAAUAUUUUCGGAACCAAGAGGACUUCGGAACAUUUUCGAUAUCCAGUUCGUUUACGAGACCUGAGAAAUUGUUUUGGUAACAACACCUUCUAUCUCUUUGAGAACAAAAAUUUGGAAAACAAAAAAAAACAAAUACAUCUUCCAACGUUCUCUGAGCGACUCACCAAAGACGUAUGGCCAAAAUAGGUACCCUAGAUGGUAGAGCAUAAGAAGAUCGACCUGUUUAGGGCUAGACGAAGAGGCAAAACGAGAGGAGAGCCUUGGGCCCUUACGAAUUUUCAAACGCCGCAACCACGGCUUUCACAGAGAUGGUUGGAUUGGCGGGCGGGGGAGGUCAUCUUUAUCCCUCGCCCCCAAUGCAGCCCAACACAGAGCUGAGGGAAAUGACAGGGAUUACACCCAGCGCGCCUACCAGUGCCGAUGCCUGUCUCAGUAUAGUACAUUCGCUCAUGUGCCAUCGUCAAGGAGGCGAAAAUGAAUGUUUUAGCAAACGUGCCAUUGAAUCUCUGGUCAAAAAGCUCAAAGAAAAGAGAGACGAGCUGGACAGUCUGAUAACCGCAAUAACGACAAACGGUGCACACCCGAGUAAAUGCGUAACGAUACAAAGAACCCUGGAUGGAAGAUUGCAAGUGGCUGGUAGAAAGGGUUUUCCACACGUCAUAUAUGCUCGAAUAUGGAGAUGGCCGGAUCUUCACAAAAAUGAGCUUAAGCACGUGAAAUACUGCCAAUUCGCGUUCGAUCUCAAAUGUGAUUCUGUAUGCGUCAAUCCUUAUCAUUAUGAAAGAGUCGUGUCUCCGGGAAUAGACCCGUUUUUUACAGACCUGUCAGGCCUCACACUGCAGUCUGGAGUUGGUGUUGGUCCUGGUGGAAGAUUAGUCAAGGAUGAAUACACCGUCGGUGGUGGCGGAGGAGGUGGAAGCUCUGGCGCCGGUGUCGGUGUUUCUUCCGGUAUGGAUGUUGAUGGCGAGAUGAAUCAGACGAUACAACAUCAUCCGCCACCUCAACAACCUCCACAAAAUAAUCAACAACAAACUCAACAAACAUUCAUGCCCGGUUUAGCCCCUUCCAAUUCAACUAGUGGUGAGAGUAUGUUUGGAGGUGGCGGGGGCGGUAACGCUGUUAAUCCGCACACCAAACUCGAGGACAAUAAUUGUCCGCGGCAGACAUGGAUUCCUACUCCUCAUCACUCAACGUCUCGUAAUAUGCAUCAUCCCGUUGUACAUCCUAUGGGCCAUGCAGUAGGCAAUCAGCAACAAACUUUAAACGCCUCAGGAAGCAGCGGAAGCGGUGGAGGACAAUUACUCAGUCCGACUCAGGGACAAACGAGCGAAACGUUUUACGGGACGACGACCCCGCCUCAGGAUCUCAAUCAACCGGCUACGAGCGUCGAGGCACUCGCAGCAUCUCUCGGCGGUACGCAAAGCUCACCUGUUUCACCGGUCCACCUUCACCAUCAAAAUGGGUUUGCCGUUGCCACUGCUACCAAUCCUUACAACACCGGUGCUCCUCAAUGGACCGGUGCAAAUACUCUCACUUAUACUCAGAGCAUGCAACCGCCUGAUCAUCGCCAUCUACGAGCCACUUCGUAUUGGGGUGGUCACGGUGGUGAAGUUGGUGGGAGUAUAGGCGGCUUGUUGUCGACUCAACCACCACCCGAGUACUGGUGUUCGGUUGGCUACUUCGAGCUUGAUACACAAGUUGGUGAAACGUUUAAAGUUAGCAGCGGAUGUCCAACCGUCACAGUCGACGGUUACGUCGAUCCAAGUGGUGGUAAUCGUUUUUGUUUAGGCGCUUUGAGCAACGUUCAUCGCACGGAACAGAGUGAAAAAGCACGCCUUCACAUAGGUAAAGGAGUCGUUCUUGAUUUGCGAGGCGAAGGAGACGUAUGGCUCCGAUGUCAAAGUGACCACAGCGUUUUUGUUCAAUCGUAUUAUCUCGAUCGAGAAGCUGGACGAGCACCCGGUGAUGCUGUGCACAAAAUCUACCCAGCGGCCUAUAUAAAAGUUUACGACCUCCGGCAAUGUCACAAACAAAUGAGGGGACAAGCAGCGACGGCACAAGCCGCAGCGGCUGCUCAAGCAGCUGCGGUGGCGGGACAUUUGACUCAUGGUGCACCAAUCACAAAGAGUCUUAGCGCAGCGGCUGGUAUCGGCGUCGAUGAUCUUCGUCGUCUGUGCAUAUUACGUCUGAGUUUUGUCAAAGGCUGGGGUCCGGAUUAUCCGAGGCAAAGCAUUAAAGAAACACCAUGUUGGAUCGAGGUACAUUUGCACCGAGCUCUUCAGCUGCUUGACGAAGUUUUGCACACAAUGCCGAUCGAUGGGCCCCGUGGAAUGGAAUAGGAGUAUGAAGAAUCGACUGUGUGGCUCGAAGUUUAAAAAGGGAAAAGAAAACUCAACGAUCCGGUGGAUAAGGUAGGACGGAUAAAAUUUCCGAUGAUCGAUCGAACGAGCGUCAUCACUAUAUAUAUAAUGACAAACAUGAAAACGUUUGUUGGAAAGCCGUUGGAUGACUGACGAAAUUUGAUUUUUUUUCGACGUCCGAUCGAAUGAAAAUUUAUAUAUUUUACACGUAAUAUAAACGACGUAGCGCGAAGUACGUGUGGCGCCAUGGCCUUGCUCUUACAAGACGAACGUACAAAAAGUAAAAAAGUAAAAAAAAAAACAAAUAAACAAAAAAUUAAACACAAAUUCCGCGGUCUCGUAUAAUAAGAAAUCGAAAAGAAUAAUAAGUCUUAUUUUUUAUUCUCGUGCAAAAUUAUUUUUAAGAAUCGAAGAAUCUUGAAUGAAUAUGAGAGAAUGAACGUCUGGAUUAGGCGAGAUUAUAUUUUAUUAGAUGGCAAUGGAAGAAAUGAAAGCAGAUGCAAUUUCGAAUAAUUAGAAAAAAGCACGAAGAUGAAAGAACUUGGCAUAAAUAAUGUGAGAGUAAAAAAUGACGGUGCAGAAAACAUGUUGGUAUGAGCGAGUAAUUGUUGAAAUAAAGUCGCGCCGAGCUUUCGUGAUUCACUGAUAUCGGAUAAUCCGUUUUUUUUUCUGAGAUUAAACUUGUAAUAUAGCCUUAACGAUAUAAAAAAAAAAACAUAUACGUACAUAUAUGCAGUCCCAUGUGUAUA